AAUCUCGUGGAGAAUGAUGUUAGCGAUGAAGAGAUUGAGCCUGAAGAGUUGGAAAGACGCAUGUUGAAGGAUCAGAUAAAGUUAGGAGAAUCAAGGAGCAUUGUGCAGCCUAGCAGACUGCUGACCAGCUGAAGCACAAACAGCCGUACAUGUUGAAGUUGAUGGAGGUGUGCAAGGUCUGCAGUUUCAUCUAUGGGAUCAUGCCCGAGAAGGGGAAGCUCGCGAGGGGAGUGUCUGAUAACAUCAGAGCUUGGUGGAAAGACAAGGUGAAAUUCGAUAAGAACGGGCCUGUGGCCAUAGCAAAGUAUGAAGAGGAGAAUUCGUCUCUUAGUAGUGUGCAAAACAAAGGGAAUGAGAACUUUCAUGGACUCCAGGACCUCCAAGAUACUAAUUUGGGCUCUCUUCUAUCCUCACUGAUGCAACUGCAACCCACCACAGCGAAAGUACCCGCUGGUAAGGAAAUUCCACCACCUUGCUGGUCGUCGGGGAAUGAAGAUUGGUGGGUGAGUUCGGGACUUCCAAAAGGUCAGAAUCCUCCUUUCAAGAAGCCCCAUGGUUUGAUGAAGAUGUGGAUAGUCAGGGCAUUGAUUGCCGUGAUCAAGCACAUGUUUCCCAAUGUUACAAAGAUCAAAUGCAAAUACAGAAGUCGAGGCGUCUCCAAGAUAAGAUUACUGCCAAGGAGAGCUCGAUUUGGUUGGGAGUAUUGAGCAGUGAGGAAGUGGUACUCUGGCAGCUCGGUGGGGAGCAUGUGGUGUCUAAUGUAACUGAGAUGAGGCCCAGCAGUCAUGGGAAAAGAUGACAGGAGAAAUCCACAUUUGGUUAUUGAACCUUGCAGAGACUGCCAGCGCGAAAAUACCAACCAACUUGUAGGAGAUAAAAAGCAGUUAGAAGAGCAACCUUAGAGAAAAACACACCGUCAAAGUUUGAUGCUGUUGAUCGGACGGUUGUGCGGCUCCACUGUGACUAUCUUAAGGGGGAAUCCAGAAACUGUCUCCCUGAUAUGAACCACACAGUCUCGCAGCCGGACAGAUAUCAUAUGACUGGAAUUCAGCUGGAAAAUUGUCCAAAUCCAUCUUCAAUGUCUCAAGGACAUUUACAGAACCAGCACCUUUUGUCUGCAUCAGGGUUCAACAGCUUCUCCAUCUUGCCACCAGCUAAAGUUUCUGCUCAUAGCAUGUACAUUGAUGGCCAGCCCUCAUUACAUUCAGGCCUACAAAAUGCUGAUAUGCAUCCUGGAAGUACUCUUGGUUUCUACAGCCUGUCCGGCAGAUGUGGGCUCUCAAAUGAUAGAAAGCAGUUGCAAUCGGUCAUGGUUGAUCAUGGAAUUGGGCAGAUACUGCAGUUCGAAAUCGAAGUCAUGGCUACAGGUGCAGACUGACAUUGGAUGUAAAUGCAAAUGAGAUUGCCAGAGAUAUACAGGACUUGGUGAAGGAUGUGUUCCAGACACAGCAAGAUAGUCACUAUGGGUCUCUGACUGAUGGCUUGUUUGGGUUGAGCAGUCCCUUUCCUCUCGAAUUUGGAGACAUACUAAUUCAUUAGAUGUGGCUAAUCUAGAUUUUUUACCAGACGAUGAUGAGUUAAUGCCCUAUCUUGGAGGAUCAUAGUAGACUGGCUUUCAGUUGAAAAGGGAACAUUGGAUUUCUUUGGGUCGAUGGACACAUGACGAUGCUCUGAACCUUUUGUUAGGUUCUGCAACUGAGGGGAUUGUUGCGGAAAGAUGGAUACUGAGAAAUCACUAGACGACCAGUUCUCUAAGUUGCAUCCAUGCUUACCUGUGAAUGCGAGAAUUGGAAUAGUAGGUGCUGGACCAAGUGGCUUGUCUGCUGCCUAUGCAUUGGCUAGGCUUGGCUACAGUAAUGUGACCGUGCUGGAGAAGUACCAAACAGUAGGGGGAAUGUGUGAAUCAGCCGAAAUAGAAGGUAAGAUAUAUGAUCUGGGAGGUCAAGUUCUAGCUGCAAACAGUGCUCCUGUUAUCUUUAACCUGGCCAAGGAUUUGGGAUCCGAACUUGAAGAGAUGGAGUCUCACAAGUUUGCACUCAUUGAUGGUUCUACUGGAAAGUAUUGGGACAUGAAAGUGGCGGAUGAUUACCUAUCUGUCAUCUCACUGACCUUAAAAAUCCAGGAUGAGGCAAAGAGCUCAGGUUGUUUUGGAAUCCAUGCUGUGAGCGAAAUUGCAUCUGACCCAACUCCCGAUUUUCUUAAGCUUCAUGGGUUUGAAUCUGUUCCAAAAUCAGUGGCUUAUGGAUACACUGCUUCAGGUUAUGGGUUUGUUCAAGACAUGCCAUAUGCUUAUAUUCAUGAAUUCACCCGGACGUCCAUGGCUGGAAAGAUUCGGCGUUUUAAAGGAGGAUAUAUGAGUGUAUGGCAGAAACUUAGCGAGUCUCUGCCGAUAGAAGUCCUCUGCAACACAGAAGUUUUGGCUAUCCAACGUGGCUUGGACGAUGUUAGCAUAAACAUCAAGAAUGCUAAUGGAGAAAAUGAAGUUCUGGAGUUCGAUAAGAUCAUUAUGUCAGGCGCUCUUCCAUUCAAGAAUGGAAGAACUUACAGAUCUCCUUCUCUAGCUUCAGCUGAAGCUGAGGUAAUGGAUACGAAUGAGCUCGAGAAAGAUUUAUUCUGUAAAGUACAGACCAUAGAUUACUAUACCACCGUUUUCAAAAUUAAAGGACUUGAACAUAUACCGAUGGGAUUUUACUACUUCAGCAAAUUCAUGGAUGAUCCUGCUACUAUUGGCCAUCCAGUAGCCAUGCAGAGAUUCUAUGCAGACACAGAUAUUUUCCUAUUCUGGUCUUAUGGGAACUCUGAAGAUAUCAUGGGACCGGCAGUUAUGAAGCUUGCUACUGAUGUGGUGAAGGAUAUGGGAGGAAAGGUUGAGAAAGUGGUUUUACAGCGCCGAUUCAAGUACUUUCCACAUGUCAAAAGUGAAGAUAUGAGGGGCGGGUUCUAUGAGAAGUUGGAGUCUGAACUACAAGGUUUGCAGAAUACUUACUAUGUAGGCGGGCUUAUGGCAUUCGAGCUCACAGAAAGAAAUUCAUCUUAUGCAAUGGCUAUGGUCUGCAAGCACUUUGCAAGUGAUGGUGCUUCACCAAUGUUACCAUAUGUUAAGAGAUUGUUACCAUUGCACUCCAAUCAUGGGACUUGUUAUCCAAGAGAAUUGAUGGAACUCCCUGGAUUAGAAUUUCCUGAUCUCUCCACUCUAGAUGGCUAUUUGAAGUUCUGGGGUACUCAUCGGAUCACAACGAACAAAACUCUCUAUACUUGGAUCAGUGAUGAAGGGGAGGUUGUGAACAAGAGGACUUAUGGUGAACUUCAUGCCAAUGCAUCGCAGAUUGCUAAUAAGCUCUUAAUAAGCCACAAACCAGUUAUCAAGCCCGGUGACAGAGUUCUUCUGGUCCAUACUCCAGGCCUGGACUUCGUCGAUGCCUUCUUUGGGUGUCUGAGAGCUAAAGUUUUGCCAGUUCCAGUCCUCCCCCCCGAUCCAUUCCAGAGAGGUGGACAGGCACUUCUCAAGAUUGAAAACAUCUCCAAAUCAUGCAAUGCUGUAGCGAUUCUAUCUACAGCGUCUUAUCAUGCAGCUGUUAGGGCAGGUUCCAUGAGGAAUUUGAUACUAAUGGGGAAGAACAAUGGGAAAUCUUCAGGUCGCUGGCCUGACCUUCCAUGGCUACACACAGAAUCAUGGAUUAGGAACUCUAGAAACGUUCGUGGUGAAUCCAAGACAGUGGAUCUCAUGGAGGCCAUUUCAGUUCAAUCUGAUCCUCUGCCAGAUGACCUCUGUUUCCUGCAGUUCACGUCUGGAUCAACAGGCGAUGCAAAAGGGGUGAUGAUCACUCAUGGAGGGCUCAUUCACAAUGUGAAGUUGAUGCGGAGAAGAUAUAAGAGCACCUCAAGGACUGUUUUAGUCAGUUGGCUUCCUCAGUACCAUGACAUGGGACUAAUUGGGGGCUUUUUUACAGCUCUGGUAAGUGGCGGUUCUGCAAUUCUAUUCUCCCCAAUGACAUUCAUCCAGAACCCACUUCUAUGGCUUCAGACCAUGAGCAAAUACCGAGCCACUCACAGUGCAGGGCCCAACUUCGCUUUCGAGCUUGUUGUUAGAAGAUUAGAGUCCGAUAAGGAUAAGACCUGGAGCUACGACCUUUCUUCCAUGGUUUUUCUCAUGGUUGCAGCUGAACCAGUGAGGCAGACGACCUUGAAAAAGUUUGCUGAGCUCUCUCGUUCAUUUGGCCUUUCUCAAGAGGUGAUGGCUCCAGGUUAUGGUUUGGCUGAAAACUGUGUGUUCGUAAGCUGCGCGUUUGGAGAAGGGAAGCCAAUCUUGAUAGAUUGGCAGGGCAGAGUCUGCUGUGGGUAUGUGAAUUCUGAGGAUUCAGAUGUCGAUAUCAGAAUUGUGGAUCCUGAAACUGAUGAAGAGCAUGAAGAAUAUGGAAAAGAGGGGGAGAUUUGGAUCAGCAGUCCAAGUGCUGGAGUUGGGUAUUGGGGCAAGCAACAGCCGAGCCAGAAAACAUUCGGCAAUGUGCUUCGGAAUCAUCCUGGCAAGAAAUUCACCAGGACAGGAGAUCUGGGUAGAGUUCUUGAGGGGAAUCUGUUCAUUACUGGAAGAAUAAAGGAUCUGAUCAUUGUUGCUGGAAGAAACAUAUAUGCUGCUGAUGUGGAAAAGACGGUCGAAAGCGCGUCUGAAGCUCUACGCCCGGGGUGCUGUGCUGUGAUCGGUGUUCCAGAGGAAAUUUUGGCAUCAAAAGGGAUUUCCGUUCCAGAAAGUUCUGAUCAGGUCGGCCUAGUUGUCAUUGCGGAGGUCAGAGAAGGCAAGCCUGCUGGUAAGGAGCUUGUCGAACAAAUUCAAACCCGUGUUGCGGAAGAACAUGGCGUCUCCGUAUCUUCUGUCAAGUUGAUUAAGCCCAGGACCAUCUCUAAAACAACUUCAGGGAAGAUAAGGAGAUUUGAGUGCCUGAAACAAUUUCAAGAUGGGACCCUGAGUUUAGCUAUGGAACCCGUUCCUGCAAAAAGGUCUUUUCUUCGAUCUGUCACUACAGGUACUUGUAAGGAGGGAAAUACGCCUCGAACUUGUCUAGGAAAAGCUCCCCCUUUUUCCCAAUUUCUUAGUAAGAGCAAGAAUGAGAUUACGGAGUUCUUGAGAGGACUUGUUUCAGAGCAAACAGGGAUUCCUGUUGCAAAAAUCUCUGCUACCGAAAGCCUGGUUUCUUACGGGAUUGAUUCAAUUGGUGUGGUUGGAGCAGCACAGAAACUCUCAGAUUACCUUGGAGUUCCGGUUGGAGCUGUAGAUAUUUUCACGGCAACCUGCAUUUUGGAUUUGGCAAGUUUCUCAGAGAAUGCACUGCUGAAGUCUCAACCUCAGUCCAGCACAACUCCAUCCAACCUUCACGAGUCUGAGGCGGAAUUUGUCAGACCAGUGAUCGAGGUUUCGAGAUCCCGGCAAGUGGGUAUUGGGUUUCUCCAACUUCUAGCUCUUAUUUACACUUCUGCCAUGCUUAUUCUACCAGCCUAUCUUUCAACCUCUGUUUUUCUGAGGCUGCUCUAUGCUAAUCAUACCAUGAUAAGCAAAGAUCUGUUGUUGAAUUAUCUGAUUCCUCUGGUUUUGGCUCCUCUUGCUUGGAUGCUUUACAUGUUUCUCACCUGCAUUUGUAUAUCCUUUUUCGGGAACUCGUUCCUACAACCAAAUUAUGCACUGAUGCCGGAGAUCUCCAUCUGGUCGACGGAUUUUGUGAAAUGGUGGGCUCUCUACAAGGCCCAAGAAGUCGCUGGGAGAAUUCUGGCAGUCCAUCUGAGAGGAACAGUGUUCCUGAAUUACUGGUUUGAGAUGCUCGGAGCUCGGGUUGGAUCAUUGGUUCUGCUUGACACCGUCGAUAUUACGGACCCCUGUCUGGUUUUGAUUGGAAAUGGAGCUGUGAUUGCAGAAGGUGCAAUGGUUCAAAGCCAUGAGGUGAGGGAUGGAGUUUUAAGCUUCAUGCUGGUAAGGAUUGGCCAGAAUGUUUCGGUCGGUCCUUACUCUGUGAUUCAGAAAGGAAGUGUUUUGGGAGAUGAAGCUGAGGUUCCUCCCUUGCAGAAGACUGAGAGAGGAAAAACUGUGUUCAGAAACCAAAAGGCUGGUGAAAUUCGAAAGGGCGAAAUGCACUCAGAGCUCCCGGAGACACACACUGCCUUUUACCACUUCAUGGGCAUCUAUGCAGUUGGUUUCCUCAGUUCCCUCUCUGCUGCUAUCCUUUACUUCCUCUACAUCCAUUUAUCUCAGAAUUCUCCUUCCCUUCAACACUUUGCCUUCCUCUGUAUUGCCGGAUCUUUCCACUGGCUUCCUGCUGUUCUUGCUGCCUACGCCAACAUCUUCGCUGCAACCCCGUCUAAUGCGGCAGCUUUCGCUUUGGCCAUUGCCACUGCUUAUGUAGCCCAUGGGCUCAUCCUCAGCCUCAUCACCUGCAUCUUGACCCAGUUCAUUGACAGAACACAAGAACUGCAACAGACCCACUUGAAAACAUGGCUGCGGCACCGGGUGACCACUUCCUGCCAUGUUAGAUUCGCCAAACUUCUCUCUGGAACUGAAGCCUUCUGUGUUUAUUUACGUCUUCUGGGAGCGAAGAUUGGUCAGCAUUGUUCCAUAAGAGCCAUCAACCCAGUCAUAGACCCGGCCCUCAUUUCGAUUGGUGAUGGUGUUCAUCUGGGCGAUUUCAGCCGGAUAAUUGCCGGGUUCUAUUCAUCCAGCGGGUUCCAUUGCCAGGGAAUAGAGGUGCAGGACAACUCAAUAGUUGGGAGCCAGAGCCUCAUUCUACCUGGCUCUGUUAUUCAAAAUGACGUUAUUCUUGGCGCGCUUUCAGUUGCUCCUGUAAAUGGAAUUCUCCAAAGGGGUGGCAUCUACGUCGGGUCUGACACUCCUGUCAUGGUGAAGAACACAAUGUUUCAAUUGGAUGAGAGGGUUGAAGAGAUGGAUGAGAAAUAUAAGAAGAUUGUCGGAAAUUUAGCCGGGAACUUCGCCAAGACAACCAUGAAAGUCAAGUCCAGGUACUUCCACCAGAUUGGGGUCAGUGGGAGGGGCGUUCUAAAGCUGUUUGACGACUUGCCGGGGAUGCCAGAUCACAAGAUUUUCAGUGCCGGGAAAUGUUAUCCAAUCGUAAUACGCCACAGUAACAGCUUGAGCACCGAUGAUGAUGCAAGGAUUGAUGCACGUGGUGCAGCGGUACAGAUUCUUUCAGACGGCAGCAAUAAGGUCCCGCUUCUUGAUCUUACAUUAAAGACAGGCAAGGCAUUCUAUGCACGCACGAUCGCUGACUUCGCCACAUGGCUUGUAUCCGGGCAUACAAGGGUAGCACAUGUGUUGCAGAAUCCGCAUAUCUGUGAUGCUGUAUGGACUUCCCUCCGAAGGGCUGACUCUUAUACUGAGCUGCAUUAUUUUUCAAAUUUGUGCCGGCUCUUGCGGUGUUCAGAUGGGCAGGAGAUGUUUGUGAAAUUCAAGCUGAGACCAGCUGACAGCCAGAUCGGUGAGAAUUCAGGGGAGGUGCAGCCAACAGGGAUACUCCCGCCGGAAACUGGUUUAAUCCCGAGGGAUGAGAGCGAUACUCGUCCAUUGCUCUUCCUUGCUGAUGACUUCCACCGCCGUGUCAAUUCUCCUGGUGGAGUCCAAUAUGUCUUCCAGCUGCAAUGCCGGCCGGUUCCAUUUGAUGAAGCGGACCGCGAAGCGGUCCUUGACUGCACCCGUGCUUGGGAUGAGGCCGAGUUCCCAUUCAUCGAUUUGGGUCAGAUCACGAUCGACCAGAGCCUUACUGCAGAAGAGUCGGAAAGGAUAGAGUUUAAUCCAUACAUCCGUUGCAAUGAGGUGGACAUCGUCCGUGCCACGACAUGCUCGCAGAGUGCUUCCAUUGAUCAUGGCCGUUCGUUAGUCUAUGAGAUAUGCCAGCAUUUGCGGAAUGGCAAACCGCUUCCGGCAGCAUGGCGGGUAUUCGUGGACCAACAGUCUGACAUGAAAGUCGACUUCUCUGGCUGCCCUAUGGCGGCAGCCUCAAUGGAGAAACCUGUUAGAGGCGUGACACUGGCAAGGAGGUGGUACCAGACCUUAUGGGCUACAUUCUUUCAACCCAUUCUACAGACAUUUCUCCCUUAUUUUUUCUUGGGAUUGGCGGUUUUCGGUCCUUUGAACUGGGUUCUUUGCAUGAAGGAGCUGAAGAAACUCCCAUCGCAUUACUUUCUGCCCUUGUUCUGGGUCGCCUCAGGGAUUUUGGCUGGAUUUAUCUGUGUUGUAGCCAAAUGGGUGUUGGUGGGGAAGAAGAAAGAAGGUGAAAUGGUGCUGGUUUGGAGCAAAGAGGCCUUCAUGGACACUAUAUGGCAGGCACUGAGGACAUUGGUGGGAGAGUAUUUCAUGGAAAUGGCAAGUGGGUCAGUGUUGUUUGGGGUUUGGAUGAGGCUCAUGGGCUCAGAUGUGGAGUGGGCCCAAGGUGUGUAUGUGGACAGCAUGGAGGCUGUCUUGAACCCUGAGAUGGUGGAGAUUGAGAAAGGUGGGUGUGUGGGGAGAGAUGCAGUUCUGUUUGGGCACAUAUAUGAAGGGGAGCAAGGGAAGGUGAAGUUUGGGAAGAUUAGGGUUGGAGAAGGUGGGUUUGUGGGGAGUAGGGCAGUGGUCAUGCCUGGUGUGAGAGUGGAGAGUGGGGGUUGUUUAGAUGCUCUCUCAUUGGCCAUGAAAGAAGAGAUUAUUAGGUCAAGGUGAAGGGUUUGGAUGCUUCCAGAGCACUGUGAGAUGUGGCAAUAUAUGUGAUGUAUAGCUAGCAUCCUUUUUUUUAUUUAACAGAUGUUGUUAUCGUCUUAUUGAAAUAUAUUAUAACUUGAAGUAGAAAAAUGAACUUGCCUCGAGUGCGCGGUGAGUUAUAGUUCUAAAAGUUGCCUUGGGAUGUUGACAGUCGUCCAAUCAGUCCGUGUGGACUGUAUCCAAGAGGUUCAGCCCAAAUGACGCUGCCAAUCCAAUCACCUUCCUGUAAAAUGGUUGGUCCAGAUAGUUGAUGUGAAAGCAGAUCCAAUUGUUAA